UAUUGACUGAAAUUUAAUGUUACACUUGACUGACCACCUGCUGCUAUUCCACCUGCCUCUCUUGAAUCAAAGAGGAAUAACCGAGCGGUCAUCGGAUUUGCAUAACCUACGCAGAGUUGCAAGUCUUGUGUGCAUCGUUUUUUAUUCAUAUCAUUACCGCUUUUAGGAGAGAAGAGCAUAGCCCAGGCAAUUCUCCUGCUGUUCCCUGCAAGUGACGUCACUGCAAGCACGCCCAGAGGUGGAAAGUGGCUGUAUAUAACGCCGGACUUGAAGCUGAGGAAACACACUUCACGCCUCCCAACAUGCUCAGGUUUGCCGUGAUUGCUGUCGCGCUUGUGGUGGUCGCCGCCCGCCCCUCGGAUCCUUACAGGCACCCCCCGCCCACGUACGGGGACGCUCCAGCCGAGUACCAGUUUAGCUAUGACGUGAAGGACGACUACUCCAAGAACGACUUCGGCCACUCGGAGGACCGCAGCGGCUACAACACCAAGGGACAAUAUCAGGUGCUGUUGCCCGACGGCCGCUUCCAGACCGUGGAGUACACCGUCACCAACGACAGCGGCUUCCUGGCGAACGUUGAGGCCAAGGGCGUCGUCCAGCCACAUUACGGAUAACAGGCGCUCUCUGCUCGAUUGUUGAACAUUUCCCGAAGAAGAUACAGUGAUAGAUAAAAAUAUAAAAAUCCCCAACUAUA